CGAGGGUUCAGAUCGGGCAUGGGCUGAUCCCUGUCUCCAAAUGCCCGUACUUUUGCGGAGAAUCGAAACAACGUAAUUUUUGACCUCGUUCACCCUCAACGACACUAAAAUAUCUCGUUGUUGCAUGCCGUCGCUGCACCACGACAUCCCAUAUCUACCCCUCAUACCCAGAACGCUCCCUACCAGCGCUCAAACGGCCUCUCUGUUGGACGCGCCACCCGCCUUUCCGGCUACUCAAUCCACUAGAUGGAUGGAGUCUGCGGACUCUGAAACUGUCACCCACCUCCGCCCGCCAUCUGGUCAAGACGAUGCGGGCGACUCCAAGCCCGCCACUGUCCGGCCAGAGCGCAACAGCAUCAUCCCGCCAUUCUGGCAGCGCCAUGAAAGAAGCGACAGUAGUCUGAGUUACGCAUCUACAGACAACGUCUCUCGCCCGCAGCCCAUCCUUCUCGAAGAUCACACCGACGAAGGAUCAGAGCAAUGCAAGGCCCUGUGGGCAAAACAUGUAUCUAUUGACGAUUAUGUGAUUGUGAGCGGCAGCGCGCCAGGUCUAGGAGCUUACGUCGUGUGGAACUGCACCGUCGAGACCCUAGAUGGCGGCCCGAUGAAAAUAAUGAAGAGGUUUUCAGAGUUCGACGAGCUGCGGCAAAAGCUGGUUGAGACAUUCCCGCAUGCAGAUGGAGCCAUCCCUCCGUUGCCGCCAAAAUCAGUCAUAUCUCGUUUUCGUUCGAGGUUUCUAGAAAGACGGAAGGCCGGCCUGUCCUACUUCCUCAACUGCAUCCUGCUAAACCCUGAGUUUGCGGGAUCGCCAGUCUUGAAGGAGUUUUUGUUCUCAUGAGUGUGGAACGAAAGUACAUAUUUUAAUGGCUUCCUUGUGAAUAUAUAAUUAUUGGACUUCUUGGACAUGAAUAAAUACAGACCUUUUCUUUAGGAUCUAUACCUGAAUGAAGGAGAAGACCAGGCGGUGUGCGGAAGCGUUAUCAAAAGUUAUGGAAUCUUGAGACUGUCGGGGCACAGGAGCUACAGGAUGACGGCCCUGGGUCGACCAUUGAUUAACACAAUAUCAAAGGCUUGAAUGAUACCACCAAUAGCGAGCAGAAGCCAUAGGGCCCGUCAAUCAGCAUACCGGACAAUCGCCAAUCCUUCAGUGAACGGUAUCCGGACGUUGAGGUGAAGAAGUUCGGAAAACACAUCCGCGCAAAUGAUUGGCCCACGCCGGCUGUGGCGUUGUUCUCCGGCUCUCUUCAAGAAAUCUCGAAAUUUAAUUCGCU